AUGGACGAGGCUAAACUAUACUGAGCAGUCUCAAACAGUUUGCGCUAAGAAACUAACAAUAUGCAUAAACUUGUAUUAACCAUUAUGUUGGUAUUAGUGGCUGACUCUUUAUGUCAGCGAAUAAUCUAUCCAACAUGGAGACCUCCUCCAAGACGACCGGUCAUCAUCAGAACUGCUAGAAGUGUCAGUAACGAUGAACCAUUGUGGUUGUAUAAAGGAGACGAUGUCAUUCGAGCCCCUGCAUCUGGUGACCAUCCUAACCUACCUUCGAUCAUUGAUGACAUUAAGCUGGACCCCAACAGAAGAUACGCCAGAAGUGUCGACUCUCCAAGUGCCAAGCGCUCGGGUGGAAGCCAUUCGUCUCCCAGCAGAAACCAUGACACUGGACGGACUCAUCCUGGAUACAACCGGAGAAACGCCAGAGAUGUUUAUUAAUUUUAUUAUUUAAUAAUUAAAGUGUAAUCGCUGUUUUAACUAAUAUUUUAUAAAAAUAUAUAACAAUUUCAAAGAA